UGUGAAUUCCCAGGGUUGUGUUAUGUUUACAUGAUUUCUUGUAUUCAUUCUCUUAGUGUAUUUAAUCGAUGUUCGUGCCAGAAUGACCAGCAAAACUUCACUGGCUGACUGGUGACAAAUAUUGGGUGAAGAAUGGGACACCAUCCCACAGCAGUGUGUGACCAAGCAGGUGGCCAGCAGGAGGAGGUGGUGCUGCUCAACCCACAAGUGGAUUUUCAUUACAAAUGUGGCACCAUUUAAGGUGGAAUAAACAGGCUUUUCAACAGUGUAAGAUUUAUUGCCAAGAAGAACUGUUAGAACAAAGAAAUAGUUAACCAGACACAAAUUUCCUUAGUUUAUUCAUGAAAUUAGGUAACCUAUUAUGAAUCAAUCACCAGUUUGCAACACGAGCUUCACAUAAACAUUACUCGACAGCAUUUACAUCCUCAGUGAUUGUACUCCAUCCGUCCUUCGAGCAAGCAAAGCAAAGCAGCCUAAAUCAUGACGCUCCCUCCGCCGUGCCUUUCCUCCUUCAUUGUGGAGCAUCAUGGGGACUUUCCAACGUUGAACAUUUCACUGUGUUUUUGCAGCACUGGUUUCCUCUGUGGCGUCCUUUCACUGACACCAUCUUAAUUCAGUCUUUUUCUGACAGUGGGUUAAAAAAUGAUGAGCAGCAUUUGUUUAAACAAAGAUCGAGAUCUCAAACUGUGGGCGGAUCCCUGCUGCUACUGAGAAGAGGAGGUGAAAAAAUGAGUAAGCAGGAUGGAAACUCAAUCACAGAGGGCACGAAAGCAUUUGAAGACACACAAAACAGAGGAGGAGUGCAUUUCUUUUAGGGGCAACCCUGAAAUUUCUCUUUGAGUUAGUCUUCAAUGUUACUUAAAUAGCAACUUUCUACUCAGUUGAGAGCUCAAAGCACUUUCUACUGUAAGUGCCAUUCACCAGACACUCCAGUGGAUGUGUCAGGCUCAGCAUCUUCCCGAUUUAACCCGCUCUACCACCCGACCCACCUGUCUAAGUCUUGAAAUAACUUUUUGUGGCCUUUUCCAGCUUUGUGCGCCUCUAUAAUGUUGUGAUUGCACUAAACGUCUGGACUUUCUACAACCUUCACAUCUAAUCUCCUUCACCGGACCACCUGACUCUGAGUAAGUUCUGUAGAAGUCAUCUCAGAGGUUAAUUUACUUUUUCCUGCCUGCACUGUGAAGGAUCGCCCAGUAUCUUCAGUUUAGACACAAAACCGUUUGAGUGUUAUCAGUUUAGCCCGUUGUGUUUUGUUACUGUGAUGUCAGUGACGACCGGGUCACAUUUCAUGAGUAAUGGAUGCAAAUUCCCGCUGUUUGGAAACGCUUCUCUUGCAGCCGUAAAUGCCGGCUAAUCCCUUCCCAGACUAAAGGCGACAGCACGCAAACGAGGAAAACUCACUUUGUCUCCUUGUUGAACGAAGCACUUAUGUUCUUAUUUAUGCGCAAAACAAAACACUUACAUCAAGUGUUUUGCUUGCGAGUUGACAUUUAGAUGCAACUCCUUUCCUUUAUUUCCCCAUUGACUCAAAGUGACGAUGGCGUGAAGGGUGGGGGAGUGUUGGACGGGUUAGCUGUGUCCAGGCAGCCUCGUUAACAUUUGAGUCACACUGUGUUAUUAGCAGCACUGAACGGUGUCCGGACCUCAUGUUGCGCUCCAGAUCCCUGCAAAGCUGCUGUGGUUAAUUACAAGUGGCAGAAGUUACCUCAAAAAUCACAGUUUUUUGGAUUUAACGUAUCUCAUUUAAAGUUAAUGCGGCAUGAGUGCAGAUCGGCCUGAAAACCACCUCUGUGACUGCCCAGUGAUGACCUUAUCCUGUCCGGUGACACGUCUGUUCACAGCCUCUGCCACACACACACACACACACCUCCUCACUGCCUCACAGCCAAUCCUCUCCACCAAUCACAUCCUUUUGUUGGCUUGAGGAUGAGGAGGAUUUGAAGAUGAAGGUGACUAUUUAUCAGCCCAGCUCAUCAUGAUACCCUUCAGCUCCUGCACCUCCUACAUCCCGAUUGGUUAGGGUUUCUUAUAGUUUGGGGACUUUUGCAGCACUGCACAUCUCCAGCGUUGAAAGCAGAGUCAGGGAACGUAAGAGCGGAGUUGUUUUGUCUGCAGUUUGAGGCGGAGAUGCUUCGCUCUCAGGUGCUUCUCGUGGCUCUGGGUUUGUCUGUGCUGCUGGUGCGGGUGAGCACGGCUCCAUACAGCGACAUGCUGACAGAAACACUGAGAGCAGACCUCACAAAUGACAAGGAUCUGACUCACUGGCUCUUGCUGAAGUUCAUGGCUGAACUGAUGGCGGCGAGAGGAGACGAGACGCGGCGAGGCAGGGAGGAGGUGACGAGGCGACACCUCUCUCUGUCCCAAAGAGAGCGCAAAGCAGGCUGUCGCAACUUCUUCUGGAAGACUUUCACCUCCUGUUAACAGCAGGAGUAUCUUUUGUUUUUAAAAACGGAUCAGCCAACGCAUGUUUGCUUACUUUGUAGUAACCAGAUUAUUUACAGUAAGAUAACAAAUGUACAGAUACUUUAAAAGUUGUAAAGACUAAUAAGAUUAUAUGUUUCAUGACCGGCAGGUACAAACUUCUGAAAUAAAUUUUCUGAUUUUAAA